AUGUGUUUGAGAGAAGGAUAUCGAGGAAAAUAUUCGGUUCAAAAAGAAACAAUGAAGGAGAAUAUGAAAUACGGAACAACAAAAUGUCUGGAAGAAAUAUAUAACAAACCUAGCAUUUUUGGAACAAUGAAAAAUACGCGAAGAAGUUGGGCGGGACAUGUAUGGAGAUCAGAAGUACUGAUCAAACAAAUAACAGCGCGGAAACCAAACAAAAAGAUACCCGGAGAAAGACAAGACCCAGACAAAGAUGGACACACAGAAAAAAGGAAGAUCCGAGGAUAUUGA